GAAAGAUCCAUGCAGCGGACGACGUCGGCCGUGUUCCUGCUGCUCGCGCUGCUUGCGCUGAGCGCGUUCGCGCAGCAGGACGUCGACAAUACGUUCUGCCCCAUCUGCAACAUGGUCGUUGUGCCGAGUAUUGCGCAGGCCAUCCAAGGCGACCAGGCCAUCUACGCGUGCGACAUGGCCGGCCACUUUCACCAGCUCACGAGCAGCCCCAAAACGUUCCUGCGCGGUACGGUCGCCGUGCCGCAGCUGCCUGCACCGUACGUCAAGGCCAAAAUGGGCUGCCCCGUGUGCGGCCAUCCCGACCUCACGCACGCAGUGCCAUGGGGUCCGCACGGCAACCAAAAGAUCUUUGCGUGCUCAGAAGACCACGCCAAGAUGAUUCUAGACAGCCCGGCCACGUACUUUGUCGCGGCGCCUCACAACGACACGUCAGGCUUUUGCCACGGUGCGACCGGCAUGUACGAUGGAUUCCAGUCGGCGAUCGACGGCUUUUGCCCGCGUAUCUUUUUCGAGUCGUGGGUGCUCAACUCGGGCGCCAAGUAUGCGAUUGGGUUUUGCGGCGUCGUGCUCCUCGGUAUUGCGGUCGAGGCGCUCGUCGAAGCCCAAACGCUCCUCCGGCAGCGCUGGACGCGGCGAUAUGCAGUCGCCGUGUGGUCCGAGCCGUCGCUGGACGAUUCGCUCUUGGACGACAGCAAUGAAGCGCUCUCCAAGGAGCUCUUGACGUGCGACGAGCGCCCGCGCGUCGUGGCGCGUCGCCUGCCAAUGUGGUGCAAAGUGUGUUUGGCUGGCGUCUACAUGUGCACCAUGACCGGUGCAUAUCUGCUCAUGCUCGUUGUCAUGACGUACGAGACGGGUUUAUUCAUCGCCGCAGUUCUCGGCCUCGGGCUUGGUUUCUUCUUCUUCAAGGACGUCGAUGGCCUGCUCAUGGAAGGCAACCCCGACCCGUGCUGCUCCACGUAGCAUUGCAUUCUGAAUGUUUGAUAAAGUGCUCGUUUCUUUCUGUGCCGCUGUAGGACCAACCGACCCGACUCACCAAAUGAUCUAACUCGAUUCUGGCAAUGAUUCAUAUCACGCGCCGUUACUGAGCACGGAGUUGCUACGUCGGUAGCAGUCCCAUGACGAAACCAAUAGCGAGUACAAUGCCUCCCAACUGCCGGCGCUCAUUGGUUUGUAUCGGACGAUGGCAAGUUAAGGAAAGAAGAUGACAGAACGGCUAGAUUAGAUACAAUAUUGUCAUGGGAAACCGAUUGUUUGGCGCUGAGCGUGAGGUGUCAUACGGCACAUCUUGCUUCGACUUGCC